CAUACAAAAUACAUCUGGACAUACUAUGUAGAUCACUUUAUGCUCUGAUUGGCUGAAGUAAGUCUUUGGGUAAUUGUUAUGUUUACAGUAACUUUUAUUUCUGAUGGUGUUUCUUGCUAUGCCAUUUUCAGGUUAGGACUGUCCUUGACAUAGAAUGUGGAUUUGGUACCUUUGGGGCGCAUCUUUUUGAGAGAGAUCUCUUGACCAUGUGCAUUGCUAACUAUGAAGCAUCAGGUAGCCAAGUGCAAAUUACACUGGAGAGAGGCAUUCCUGCAAUGAUUGGUUCAUUUGCAACGAAGCAGCUUCCGUAUCCCUAUCUUUCCUUUGAUAUGGUGCAUUGUGCUAAAUGCAAUAUCGAAUGGUACAAAAACGAUGGCAUUUUCUUGGUUGAAGUGAACAGGCUUUUGAGGCCUGGUGGAUAUUUUGUAUGGACAUCGAAUUUGAAUACACAUAGGGCCUUGCGAGACAAAGAAAACCAAAAGAAAUGGACAGCCAUUCGUGACUACGCUGAGGGCCUUUGUUGGGAGAUGCUGUCACAACAAGAUGAGACAAUUGUAUGGAAAAAGACGAAUAAAAGGGAAUGUUACAAAUCAAGAAAAUUUGGGCCUGAGCUAUGUGGCCAUGAUCCAGAAUCACCAUACUACCAACCACUAAGCCCCUGCAUAUCUGGCACAAGAAGUCAGCGUUGGAUCCCCAUUGAACACCGUACCACCUGGCCAUCUCAGGCUAGGCAAAACUCAACAGAACUGGACAUACAUGGUGUGCAUUCAGAAGUCUUCGCUGAUGAUAAUUCAAGCUGGGACUCCAUGGUGCGAAACUACUGGUCUUUGCUAUCCCCACUUAUAUUUUCAGACCAUCCAAAGAGACCUGGUGAUGAAGACCCACAACCACCAUUUAACAUGCUAAGGAAUGUUUUAGAUAUGAAUGCUCACUUUGGUGGAUUUAAUGCUGCUUUACUGAAGUCUGGAAAGUCUGUAUGGGUGAUGAAUGUUGUUCCUACAAAUGCCCCAAAUUAUCUACCAAUAAUAUUUGACCGUGGUUUUAUUGGGGUUCAACAUGAUUGGUAAGUAGUAAUACAUGAUCUUUUGUCCUUUGUUGAUUUGAAUUUGUUUUACCCUUUUUUGUUUCAGGUGAGUGCUCUGGUAAUGCUAAAUCUUGAACUACC